GCUGCGGACCGGGACGGCGGAGCGCCGCGCCCAGAGCGCAGCCGGCGUGGGAAGAGACAGGAGACAAGCCUGGUGUGGCUCCGGGACAGGGGACAGGAUUUGAGGGCCAUGGCCGAGUACGGGACCCUCCUGCAGGACCUGACCAACAACAUCACCCUGGAGGAUCUGGAGCAGCUCAAGUCGGCCUGCAAGGAGGACAUCCCGAGCGAAAAGAGUGAGGAGAUCACCACUGGCAGUGCCUGGUUCAGCUUCCUGGAGAGCCACAACAAGCUGGACAAAGACAACCUCUCCUACAUUGAGCACAUCUUCGAGAUCUCCCGCCGCCCCGACCUCCUCACCAUGGUGGUGGACUACAGAACCCGCGUUCUGAAGAUCUCAGAGGAGGAUGAGCUGGACACCAAGCUCACCCGCAUUCCCAGUGCCAAGAAAUACAAAGACAUUAUCCGGCAGCCCUCUGAGGAAGAGAUCAUCAAAUUGGCUCCUCCACCGAAGAAAGCCUGAGCAAGGGGGAGGAAGAGAAGGUUGGACCUUCAUCGGACCACUCCCUUCCCCCAUCCUCCAUGGGAGGGGUCAAGGGAACCCCCCCACCUACCCAUUUACUAACCUGGUCCUAACCCCUUACUGUGCGCGUGUGUGCGUGUGCGCACGCUCUGGCUGUUUGUCUUUAUGUCUAGCUCAUCUAGUUCCUCCUCGUGAGGGGAUGGGGGUCAGGGGCUGGGGAUGGCCUAGUUUUCCACUCUGGGGGAAGGGGGGGGGGCACGCUCCUCCAACUUCCCUUUCCUCCACUCUUUCCCCCCACACACACACCUCUGAAGUGUGGGAGCAGAAAAGGACCUGGAUUUCCCUCCAUGGAGGCGCCCAGGUGGGGUGAGGAUUGAGAGAGGAGGUGCAUCUUAUGAAAAGCAGCGAGGGGAAGUGGAGAGGCUCCCCCACCCCCACCCCAGGGACUAAGAAAAGCCAGGGCAGGCUCAGUGUUUGCACCAUGCUGGAUGGGCUGAGGAGUUGGCUUCCAGCUCUUCCUCAGGUUGGAGUUCCCUUUGUGCCCCUUGCAAAGGCCUAGAAUGAGUGUGAACCAGGGAUCUAAGAGGACAUUGGGAUCCUUUCCCGGCCCUGAAGUUCAAGCACCCAGCACCCAGCAUUAGACGCCAUCCUCCUAUUCUGGGACUGCAUUGGGAGCACGCCCCCCUGGGCCUGAGGUGGGCCGAGGGCAUGUUCUGUGGUUCUUCUUUCCACUCCUUUAUUCCUGCUCAGACUGUUGCCCGUGCUGACCCUGAACCCAGGGAGGCUGGGGAGGAGAUUCUUGGGUUUUAACUGCAGUCCUGCCCCUACUACAGGGUCCCAGCAUGGUUACUGCAGGUACCUUCCUUCCCCUGGUCUAGAACACACCAAGCAAGCAAGAAGGGAAGAAGUGAACUAGUGUUUUCCUUUGCACUGAUCCCCAAUUCAUCCCAGGAGGGGACUUGGUAACCCCUCUCCCUCAAUACCCUGGCGCCUUGGGCUUAUGAACGCCUCCUAGCCAAAUCAGUGACCCCAGCCUCCUGCCUGUCCCAAGACGCCCUUCCCCACCUUGACCGUGCUAACUGUGUGUACAUAUAUAUUCUACAUAUAUGUAUAUUAAACCCGCACUGCCAUGUCUGCCCUUUUUUGUGGUGUCUCGCAUUAACUGUCUAGGUCAGAGCAGGGGUGGGGAGGGAGGCCACAGUUAAGGGACCGGCACAAAUUGCUAUGUAGUCAAGAUAAAACAUUUUUUAAGCUCAAAUUGACGUGGAAUCUGAGACUACUCAGAGAAAGUCUAAGGAACUUUUAGGAUAUGGGUUACUUUCAGGAGCAAGGGUUGGGGGUGGGGCGGCGGGCUGUUUGGAGAGGGAAGCAGCACACUCCAAUCCCAGCCAGCCCACCUGCCCUUCCCUCUGGCCAAUGCGGACACCUGCCUUAACACACACCUUGAGCGCUCCAGCUUUGCCUUAAAGGACCUUUGCAGCCCUGCCUGGCUUCUCCCUCAGGGAGAGAGAUCCUUGUGGAAUUAGGAGGGGGUGAAAGAGCUGAAUUGUCCUUUCAGUCAGAAUGUGCUUUGCUGGGGGAGGCAGGGAGAGGAGAAGAGGAAGGAAGAGUAGGAUCCUUCCUUGGGAGAAGGGAGAGGGAGAAGGGAGAAAGGAAAGGGAGAAGGGGGAUCGUUUUCAGCAGUCCGGGAAUUUCUCUGUAAGGCAAAAUCUCAAGACUAACCCAUUCCCCCAGCCCCCCAUACUGUUGUGAGAUGCCCCGUUCCUGUGCUCCUGUCUGCAGUGUGCACGGCCUUGUUCUAACCCUGGAAUAAAGGUGACUGAUUAUACUGACUGACUCUAGACUAAUUUCUGUGAAUG